CCGCACAUUCAUUCACUUCUCUGUAGAAAAAACAGAGCAUCCAUUAACAGAACAGGGGCGACCACUUCCUUCCCUCAGAGAACACAACAAUGGCGGUGGCUACAACAAAGACCUUAGCUUUCGCAGCAAUCGUGCUUGCCGCUCUGCUCCACAGCUCUGCCGCUCAGAGUACCUACACAGUCGGCGGAACCACCGGCUGGACCAUCCCUCAGGGCGGCGAUUCAGUUUACACCAAUUGGGCCUCCGGCAAUUCGUUCGCCGUCGGUGACAUUCUCGUGUUCAAUUUCGCCGUCGGAAUCCACGACGUGACGCAAGUGAGCAAGGCGAACUACGAUGCCUGCUCUGCAUCCGACCCGAUGCUGAUUGCGACAACGAGUCCGGCCAGAGUGACGUUGAACUCCUCCGGCGAGCAUUACUUCAUCUGCGGCUUCCCCGGCCACUGCAGCGCCGGCCAGAAGGUCACCGUCAACGUCCUCGCUUCCACCUCUGCUCCCUCUCCGGCGCCCAUGGCUUCUUCUUCCCCUGCUCCGCGCCGAGCUCUUACCCCUGCCUCCGCACCUUCCCCUGCCUCCACCGCCUCCGCUCCGACCCCGUCGACUUCCCCUGUUUCCGGCGAUUCCCCGUCGUCGGCGCCGGGUCCUUCCGCCAGGCCGCCGAUGACUUACACCGUGGCGGAUUCUUUCGGGUGGAACAUUCCCAGGAACGCUUCUCUGUUCCAGAGCUGGGCCGCCGGCAAGGACUUCAUGGUCGGCGAUGUCCUCGUUUUCAACUACUCCGCCGGCGCUCACAACGUGGCGGAGGUGACGAGCGACGCCUACGCGGCGUGCACCACCACAAAUCCGAUAUCUCUGGACAGCAGGCCGCCGAGCAGAAUCACGCUCACAACUCCCGGCGAGCAUUUCUACCUCUGCGCAAUUCCCGGCCACUGCACCGCCGGCCAGCAGCUAUCCAUCAAUGUCACCGGCGAAGCCGGCGGUGCUUCCCCAUCGGGGUCGCCGUCUCCCGGUUCGGGCGACAUGGCCCCGCCGUCGCCCAACUCCGCCGCGUCCCUCGCCGGAGUGUCGGCCGCCGCGCUUUUGUCGGUUUUCGUAGCUCUGCUGUUUUGAGUGGACUGAGUAGCACUAGUAGUAAAGCGCGUGAAAUCUUCUUCCUUUUUUCUCCCUUUUGGCUCUUCGAUUAUCUCCUUUGUGCCUUUGUUCAUUGUUGUUGACUAGUUAUAGAUAAGAUAUGAAUGAUUUUAUCACAUAUUGUAUUAAUAAAAUUCAUUUUCUAGCCUCGAUGAAUGCAGAUUUCCCAAUGAAACAAUGUAGAAACCUGAGAAUAAAUCAUAAUUUAGUUUUCGAGAAAUGAAUCAGCG